AUGGCUUCGAUGGAUCUCAAUCUCAAGGCCGGCAUCCAAGAGGUGGUGGACGAAGUCCUGGCACAAACAAAGGUGGAGCUUUUGGCCAGGCUGCAGUCCAUCUGCAAACCACCGCCAGAUAUCUUGGAGUCCGAGCCGAACCCGGGCCCUCUCGUCCACGAGACCGGCGCGGUGACAGUAACGAUCAACAGCCCAGGCCUGAACAUCAAAGACGAUCGUCUUAGCCCGUCGAUGCGGUUCGGCCCCAGGAUACGCCGCCUGCCUGCGGGAGAUGAGGUUUGUGCUACCGGCGACUUGGAGAAAGGAGAGCCUGGACAUCAUGUCAAUAUCGUGGACGUGGCCACCAUUCCAACUGAGAAGUUGCUGAACCCUGAGGAGAUUGGUCACGUGCAGGAAGCGAUUCUGCAAAAUCGUGCACGCCGGCCGUCUCUACGCAACGGCGCAGUGACCCAGCUUCGGCUGCACAAGGCAUGGAAAUUCGAAGAGGACGACUCUCCCAUGCCUACUCCAGUUGCAGCACAAAGCCACCACUACAUGCGGAAUGGCUCUUCCAUGACAGCUCUAUCGGAGCUGUCUUUGCGAAAGCAGCGAUCCAAGGGAGAAGAGGAUGCACCUCUCAAGUGGUAUGACAAUUUCACGAUCUCGCACAAGUCACCGAUUUGCAUCAUCUGGGACAUGUGGACAUCGAUUGCCAUCGGCUACGACAUGGUCAUGACCCCCAUGGAUGCUUUCGACAUCAAUGUCAGCGAGAAUCAGGUCCUGCGCAUUCUGGAAAGAACCUCUUCGAUCACUUGGCUGAUGGAUAUGAUCUUGUCCUUUGCAAGGACGUACGGAAAGCUGAAUGGUACCGAGGAGAGACAUCUUGGUGCCACCUCUCGCAACUACUUGCGGACUUGGUUCGUCUUCGAUUUCACGCUGGUCUGCCUGGACAUGUUUAUCUUCGUCAUCGAAGAUACGACGUGGGUACGGUACAUGAGCUUCUUCCGGAUUAUCCGGCUCUUCCGGCUUCUGCGCGUCUUGAGACUGGCGAAAAUAAAGGCCCGUAUCGCUGUUCUAGCGCAGCUGUUCCACAUCAUGCAGACUCAGCAUAUAACAGAUCGGGGGCUUCUGAUCUUGAACAUUGCCAAGAGCCUUCUGGCCGUCACUGUUAUCAACCACUUCACGGCAUGUACAUGGUACGCGGUGGGCACCAUCUUGAAUGAUGACAACAACUGGGUCAUGGCUCAUUUCAGGGAGUCCGGAGACAUCCGCAAGCCAGACUCGCUGCUCUACCUCUACACCACGGCAUACCACUGGUCGAUCACGCAGCUUACGCCAGCGUCCAUGGAAAUAUAUCCUCAGUCAGCGCGUGAGCGAAUCUUCAACAUUGCAGUGAUUCUCUUCGGGCUUUGUGUCUUUUCUUCCUUCAUCAGCUCAAUGGCCCAACAGCUCGCGGCUUUGCAGCAGCUCUCCAAAGCAGAUCGCCACAAGAUGCAAGUACUUCGACGGUUCAUCUCUGAGAACAAGAUGAGCGUCGCCCUGGCGACUACCAUCGUGGACUUCGUCCGGCAAAGGAAAAGUCCUUUGGCCCAGCGGCCGCUGAAGGUUAGCGACAUCGAGAUCUUCGCGACAUUCCCAUCUGUGCUGCUGCAGAAGAUUCGAACUGAAGCCCAUUACUUCGUGCUGGGGAAGCACAGCCUUUUCCAGUGCGUCUACAACAACGACCGGGACACCUUCUCUCGUGUAUGCAACACAUGCAUAGUGGAGCAGUCGGUGGACAGGGGCCAUGACGUGUUCAAGGUUGGCGAGAAAGGAGCUGCCAUGUACGUCGUCAACCAUGGCAAGCUGGCAUACGCACUCGGCAUGGACGACUUGUUCGACCCGACAGAUUCGCAGGAGUGGCUCAACUUGAAAGAGAACAACUUGGCCAGCAUCAUCUCUAGUGGCACAGUGGUGUCGGAGGUGCUGCUGAACUUCAUGUUCCCAGAUCUGAAGACACCUGGAACUCUUAACCCCAAAUCACUAAACCAACAAACACUUGUAUUCAGGGCUUCAGGUCAUUCUGGCGACCAGUGUGCUGCGGCUUGA